GAGGACCAUGGGUCAGCUCUGCUUUAGGUCUGUCCACACUCAGCUUCCUGAAUCCCCCUGGAGGCUACGUUUUAAGAGGUGGGAGUGAAAGUACCGGUUUUUACAAGGAACAAGGACCAUCCAGGAACAACACGCUGAAUAAAUAAGAUCCGUGCAUAAGGACCAGCAGGACAAACCUGAAGCCCAGUCCCUGGAAGACCAACCUUGCCAGAACCAUUCCCUUGAAUGAAAAUUAUAUCCAUCAAAUAAUACCUUUGCCUAGAAAGAAAAGCACCCAUAAUGUUUGGAUGGAAGAACAUUCCAGCUCUGAUUGGGCCACCCCAACUGAGGAUGCUGGAAUAUGACUCUGAGAACAUUCCAGUUCCAGACAAUGGGGAGUCAGAACUCAGAAUUGUCCUUGUGGGGAAAACAGGGUCUGGGAAAAGUGCAACAGGAAACACCCUCCUGGGCAAUUCAGAGUUUGUUUCCAAGACUUCAGGGAAGUCAGUCACCAAGGUCUGCAAGAAAGUCAGGACCACAUGGAAUGGGAAGAACAUUGCUGUUGUCGACACUCCAGGCAUUUUUGACACUGGCACUAAAGAGGAAAAAAAUUUGAAGGAAAUAGCUCGUUUCAUGACAGUGUCCUCUCCAGGACCACAUGCUCUACUCCUAGUGUUACGAUUGGGUCGUUUCACCAAGGAGGAGAAGGAAGCUGUUGAAAGGCUUUAUACUAUUCUAGGAACUGAAGCAGUGAAGUUUUUGAUUAUUGUAUUCACUAGGAAAGACGACCUAGAAGAUGAAAGUAUAAGGGAUUACUUAGAAACAAUUCAAGACUCAUAUUUCAGGGAGUUACUGAAGAAGUGUGAAAACAGAUGCUGUGCAUUUGACAAUAAAGCUCAUGGAGACCAGAGAGAUGCUCAGGUUUCAGAGCUGAUGGAAAUCAUUUAUAAAAUGGUGGAAAAAAAUGGGGGCACCCACUACAACAACAAUGUAUAUGAACGUGUGGAAGCACUCCUUCAGAAGGAGACAGAGAAUCGUCAGCAACAGUACCAGAAGGAGCUUGAAAGGAAGAGGGAAGAAAUCACAAAAAAGUGGGAAAAGGAAAGAAAACAGUUUGAGGAGGAAAAAGAGUUUAAUAAGCAAAAGGAAGAUUAUGAGAAGAAACAGAAGGAGAAUGAAUAUAGGAAAAGGAAAGAGAUUAAAGAAGAAGAAGAGAAGUUGAAAAGAAAUUGUCAGAGGGCCAGGGAGGAAGCUGAGAAUGAUGAGGGUUUGUUUUGGAAAAUUCUGAAGUGGAUUUUGGACAAAGUCAAGAAGUUGUGGUAGUGGCCCAACUGGGUGAAGAAAUCUAUUUAAUCUGGGCAGUAAACGAGCCUAACACUCAUCAGAAUUGGCUCAAGGAGGGAAUAACAUACACACUCAAUUGGGUGGAGUAAUCUAUCUAAGCCUGGAGGAAAAUA